AUGGGGCUCCUUUUUAAGGCUGAGCCAAAUUCCCCGGAGCCCAAAGAGGCUUCUGCCUGGGUGAACCUGGUCUUCGGCGUCGGAGACCGACCCGUCGUCCCAAAGCGGAUCCGCACAAUCCUCGAGAUGAUGGGGAUGCAGGCCACCUUGAAGCUGAUCGAGGAGGACCUGGAUCGCGUGGCGAGGGAGGGACGCCGGGCGGCGGGAGAUACCUGGAAUCGGCCGCCGGACAACAAGUGGAUGGAUGGCAUCACCUACACAGAGAAGGUGAAGAUCAAUCUUGCUCGCGCCAUGAUCAUGAAUCCGGAAGUCAUGGUCGCCCAGCGGCCGCUUCACCACUACGAUGCCAAAACUGCCGUCCAAAUGACGAAGCUGUUGCGAGCACACGUGGAAGAGAGGGGCUUGGUCUUGCCGGAGGAUCAGCGCAUCCACCGGCGGCCGCGGACGUGCUUCUUCACACUGGAAAAUGCUGAGCAGGCGAACGAUGCUGACAUGACUCUGCACAUCCAGGAGGACUGCAGUGUUCGGAUGGACAGCCGGGACAAGCCCACGGAGGACAAGCCUGCAGCGGACAAGCCUGCAGAGGACGCGCCUGCGGAGGAAAAGCCCCCAGAGGAUGCGCCUGCGGAGGAAAAGCCCCCAGAGGACAAGCCUGCGGAAGAGAAGCCCGCGGAGGAAAAGCCUGCGGAGGAGGACCAGCCGAUGGAAGAGAAGCCUGCGGAGUGA